CGGACGUCGUUUAGUUGCUGAACUGUCACAAAUAUUAUUGUUUAUCAACACUGCGAGCAGUUUUGCGAGAGCAUCUCGUAAAAAGUUUUUUUUUGGUAAUUAAUUGGCAUACAAGAGGACUUCAACAAGAUCGUUGGUCAUGGACAGCCGAAGCUCCCCCGACGUUGCUGUCAAUUCGACUUGCGACAAAAUAAUAGAUUUUGAUAAUCUGCGUGAAAAUGUAACCGGAAAACUGAGUCUUGAAAACUGGAUGGUUCUGCCAUCUCAUCGAAGUUUACACAUUUUCAGUCUGAACAAAAUGCUGAAUGGAAAUCUGUCGAUACGGAACACAAUUUUCAUUGACGUCGAUUUGGUAGUGAAAGUGUUCGGUGAGGACAACGAUGAGACGCUUUUCAGUUUGAAACUGUACAGCUGGCCACAGUUACAAACUUUGAUCGAACAAUGCGGAGCCCAAGUUAAGCCUGAAGUUGAGUUAGAAUUCGCUGACGUUGUGGGUAAAACUGCGAGCUCAGAGACGAAUAAUUGUGAAAAGGACACGCUAGCAGUUGAAUUUUGUAGUAUCGUUACCAAGCCGGAAUUAAGUGAAGUAGCGAUCACCGACUUCCAUCAACCACUGGCUGAACUCAUACAAAAUUCAAUAUCAGAAAUGGAAGCUUUGGGAUAUAGUAACCCUUUCAUAUCGCAGAGUUCUUUCAUUCACGAAGCUCCUCCCAUUUAUCCUGAAGGUGAGUUUAGAGGUUAUUCGCUUGGAAUACUUCGAAUUAAUAUUGUUUCUAUAGGUGAUCAAAGAGAUGUACUCUCAGUGUACAAGAGAAGCGAAAUAGACACGCACCACUUGCAGACUUGUUCAAUUUGCAAUGAAAGCUACGUUGUUGGCGAAACGGAUCGACAUAUGCGGAAGCACUUCAACGGUGAAUAUUAUCAGUGUCAUGUCUGUGGUCAAGAAUAUCAAAACUCGAUCCGUCUACAAAAACACGUGAAAUCGAAACACAUCACUUCAAGAGACGAAUUCUUCUGCGAUAUAUGCAAGAAUGCGAAUGUCUUCCAAACUAAAGCGGGCAUCGAGGAACACAUGAAGAAUAGACAUUGCCGACCUUCGAUAAGCGAUAUGAAGUGUUCCAUUUGUGGCAAAGAGUUUUUCACGCGAAGCAAAUUCACAGCUCAUGUGAGAGGACACGACAGACGCGGAUGGAAAAAGUGCCCGAUUUGCAAUGAGAGUUUCGGUAGUCUGACUCGGCACAUGAAUGGGAAACACCUUAAGAUCCGAAACUAUAUCUGCGAUAUCUGCGGUUCUGCUUACACACAGUGGACAUCGUUGAAGGAGCACAUAGAAACCAAACACAUGCAGAUCCACAAACGUAAAAGCGAGAACGCUGCGACUUGGCCCUGUGAGAAGUGUGGCAAGGUGUUUGCUUUCAGAAGAUUAUUGAACGUGCACGUGCAACUACAUUCUGGUAAGUCGUAUGUUUGCAAUGAAUGUGGCCAAUCCUUUCGUCACAACAAAUACCUGGCGAAACAUCGUAAACAGCAUAGAGCCAUCGUGAAGCUAAGAUGCACAAUGUGCGAAAAGGAAUACGUACAAAAGGUCGGUUUACGAUUGCACAUGAAAAAGAUACAUGGCGUUGUACUUGAUACCAAUCAGAAGCAAUUGUAAUCGAAAUUGUUUAAUAAAUUCAAUAACUG